AUGGAAGCCGAAGAACAGGCGGGCUUCAGAGCGAGUAGAUCAACCACCGAUCACCUGUUUACUCUGACACAGGUUAUUGAACAAAAGAUUGCUCUGAAUCAAGAAACCCGUCUUCUCUUUAUGGACCUCAAAAACGCUUAUGAUAGUGUAACCCAACAAAAACUGUGGGACGCUUUGGAAAGAACCAAUAUAAGUGUAAACCUCAUAAAGGCGAUACAAGAGGUAUAUAGGGACAAUUGGUGUCAAGUGAGGAGAGGACAGAGGUUGUCUAGAGGUUUCAGCGUGGAUAAAGGUCUAAAGCAGGGUUGUUGUCUGUCACCCACCUUGUUCAAAAUAUACCUUGAGCAAGCCCUUAAAACAUGA